UUUAAUCACAUAAUACAAAAAAUAUUUGUUUUAAAAAAUACAAACAAAACGUGCAUCGCACGGGUUUUAUCUAGUAUGAAUAUAAAGAUGAAGAUUUAAGAAACAAGAGUGAAUUGCUACUUAAAAUGAACCCGAUUCAUAAGAAAAUUCCGGUUCUCGUUCAUAACAACAAACCCGUUAGUGAAUCUCUUAUUAUUGUUGAGUACAUUGAUGAGGUUUGGAAUAAGAACAACCCUUUGUUGCCGUAUGAUCCUUAUCAGAAGGCCGUGUCUCGUUUUUGGGUUGAUUUUGUUGAAAAAAAGCUAGAAGAGUGGAACUCCGUGUUAGACAAACUUGAAGAGGAACAUGGUAAUUAUUCUUGGGCAUUGGUUACGUUCAGAAGAGAGUUUGCAACUCUACAUUUAGACACGCUUAAGGAAGAAGGAAAUGAAAUUGAUGAAGAAACCAGUGAAGAAGAACCAGAGAAGAAGAAACCAAAGGGUGUUGUUACUUGGAUACAGCUUGCUGAUGAAGACUUUUGCAAUUUGUUCAAUGAAAAUGCGGUUGAAUAUAAAGAAUUCGUAACCCUUAUGUGCAGUUUGAACGGGGUAUAACCCACUCUAUGUAGUCGUAUUGUGAAUAAUCUUCCGUAUCAAACCAAUGAAUUCCCUCCCGCAUAUACGGAAAAUACUCAAGAUGCCUAUGAAAAUUAUGGAAUGAAGUUAUUAGACCGUGAAAGGGGUAGCUCUGAUUCUGGUCGUGAGUCUGAUGAGUACAAGAACUCGGAGAGUGAAGAUGAGUGGUAGCUGGUUGUACCUCCAACUCUGUAGUUCAUAUCAAGCACUGUUGUUUUGUUUCUUUAUGUUGUUUAGUCUAAAGUAUUUUCAUGGUGCUAGCAAUGUGUUCAUGUUUUAAUUUUUAUGAUAGUAGAUGCAAUUUUUAUUUGUUAUGCUUGUAGUACACGAAAUAUGCAUAUGCUGAAACGAAAUUAGAAGAAACAAAUAUUACUCGUUAGGAUUCGGUCAAA